AUGGAGUCAGGCAGCGAGCUGGCGGGCGUGGAGGCGCUCGCGACGCGUGUUAAGCAGCUUCUGUGGGUUGUUCUCGACUCGGUGCCUGCGGAGCUUGUUCCAUGGUCACUCGCGCUUGUCCGGCUCUUGCAUGCUGUCGACACGUUCCCACGCGGUGGCCUAUACGACGGUCACUACGCAAUACAAGCCGCUCUGCGGUACGAAUUCCUUUGGCUGCCUCUAGCGGCACGUGUUCAGCACCGCACUCGCGGCGGCGGCAGCGGCCGCAGUGGCAGCAUCGAUGAACAUGUGCUCGUUCCCCCACUCGAUGUGGCGAUGGCCUGGCUGCUGCACCGCUGUACCGCACCUGGAUCAUACCCAUCUGACUGCGAGGCGCUUGUUGGCAAGGUGCUGGACCCAGGCCCCAACCAGGCCUUCCGUUUCGCGGGAUCGCACGCCUACAGCCAGUGCGACUUGCCCGAGGAACGCCAGGCCUGGGCCAGCAGGCAGUUGUGGGACGCGACCUACACGACACGAGGCGGAGGCCGGGUGGGCGCGGCGGCGGCUGGGGGGUCUGGGGGGUCAGACGUGGGCGGCCCGGCGGGCGCUCGCUCCCUCACCUCCGUCUCCCUGCUUAGCUCGCCGCCGGGCAGUGAGGCGCCGUCGCCGCGGCCGGAGCUGGGGCCCCCGCUGAGGCCCCGUGGUGGCGGUGGUGGCGCUCGGCGGGCCAUGCGUAGCGGCGGGGGAAGCGGCAGUAGCAGCAGUAAUAUCGGAAGUGAAGCGGGAUCGCCGGGCGGCAAGUUGGCUGCGCCAGCGGCAACGGCAGCGGCGGCGGGCGGGGUGGGCGCCACGGUCGCGUACAGCGUUGUCGAGAGCAGUCGCGACGGCAGUAGCAGCAACAUCCUCGGCGGUGGCGGCGGCGGGGGAAAUUGUCUGCAGGUGCAGUUUUGGCCGCCGGCUGCCCGCGGCUCCCGCGGGGACCUCACUGGGUUGUUUCCGUUAGCGGUUGCAUCCGGCGGUUAUAAGGACGUCGCCAGCAGCAGUGGCGGCGGUGGUGGUGGCGGAGGGAGAGGUCAGGUCGCGGGUGUGUUGUCGGGUCGCAUGGGGGAGCUGCGGCCGCUGCUGCACUCGCUAUUGCGACCCGCCUAUCUCGACCCCGAUGUCCUGGCACAGGCGGUGCAGAGGUACUGUCGCUUCCUGAUGCUCCAGGGGAUGCACCCCUCCGUGCCCAUGAUACCCACAACGGUAUGUCGUACUGGGGACCCCGGUGUAAGUGAGAUCUCUGGCCUGGCCGCGGGCAGUGACCUCAACCUUAGCGGUGGAGUCCGACAGCAGUCGGACAUAGCCCUGAUAUGGGUGGCCCACAUGGCCGUACCCGCCGCCUACCGGCGCACCUGCCACCGGCUGCUGGGCCGCCUGGUGCUGCCCGCACCUGGGGCGCUGAAACUGGACGACAGCGGACCUGAAUUCGCGGAGACACGCCGCCUGUACGAACAUCAUUUUGGCGAAGUGUACGACCCGCCGCUCACUCGUGCCGUACCGCUCUCCACACCGCACCCGCUUCUUUCCACCCCGCUGGCGCCCUUCCUACCCGCGUUCGAGCUCGUCCCAACCGGUACGACGCCAUCAUCCGAUCUCGUCCUCGCCGCCACCUACUUCGACGCCGACGCCGCACUGCCCUCCCCCACUGUCCAACAGCUUCAGCAGCACCAGCAGAAGCUAGGUAACGGCAGCGUCGAGUACGGCAAUGGCGGUGACGACGUCGGCGGGCUGCACCGCUGCGGUGCACAUGCGCUGUACCUGCUGUACUUGCUCCGCCGCGGCGGCAACCGCAGCACGAGAAGCUUGGUCGGGCUGGUCUUGGGCCAGGCACACAGGCGCCGAGCGGCCGUCAAGUACGUGGCCAACAAGGCCGCCGGGUUCCGUAACUUCCUGCACCUGCCGCACUCCGACUGCCACGUGUAUUGGAGGAAGCUCAGACUGCGCAGCGUGGAUCCGGAGUCUGUGGAGCCAUCCGGCGCCUCCGCCACGGCCCUCAACGCCGUCGAUGGCGGCGGCGGCGGCCAGCCCGAUGCAGCCGUAGAUCCGAUGGUCAUGGCGGCGGAGCUGUACGGCGACGCCGACAGCGACGCCGAGGCCGAGGGGGGCCCCGGAAGGGACGGCCACCGUCGCCGCCGUGGAGGUUCGGGAGGGGGGGAUCAGGAGCGGCAGCACGAGGUGGUACGGCAGGCGCUGGCGGAGGCGGCGGCUGCCGCCGCCGCCGCCGCCGCGGCAGAGGCGGGGCUGCCGCCGCCAGCUGCUGCGUCUGCAAACGACGGCAGGGCCGGCAGCCGUGGCAGCCGUCGUAGCGAUGACAGCAGCGGCGGCACUGGCGGCGGCUUCCUCACCCCGCUAAGCUCUAGCAGGAGAGGCUCUUGGAUGGACGCUUCCAGUGGUUCGGCACCCGCGCAAAGGUCUGUGGGAUCGUCAGGGGGCAGCUUCGGGGGCGGCGUUGACGCGGACCCGCCGCCGGCUCCGCCGUCUCGGCUGCCGCCACCGCCGCCGCCGCGGCUGCGGAAUAACUUUGAUGAUGGUGCCGACGGCAGCGGCGCGCUGCAGCAGCGACCCAGGCGCAUCGCCCUGAUCGUGCCGCUUGUGCCGCCACCGCCACCGCCACCGCUCUCCUCGUCGACGCACUCGACGUUGACCUUCGCAGCAGGAAGCAGCGGCGCGAGCCGUCGGUCCUCGGAUCACGACGGGGCCGCCGCCGCCGCCGCCGCCGGGCCCAGUAGCGACCACCUCAUCUCUUACAGGCAACCGCGGCUGCCGUACGGCUCCGCCAGAGCCUCCGCUGGACAAGGCGUAGCACAGGGCGCUGGCGGAGCCGCCCCGGCGGCAGCGCAGCUACUGCCGCCGCAGGAGGAGGCGGUGGCUGCGGCUGCCGCCGCCGCCGCCCCCGUCGCGGCUGGCACAGUGGACCUCGCAGCGGGCCUGAAGGCCGCCGCGGUGACGGCCAAUGAGCCGUUCCAAGCAUGGGCGACUCCACGCCAACCGCCACCUCCACCUCCGCCUGACCUGCAUCAGACACUGCAGUCAUCACCAUCAGCACCGUCGCCAAAUCCGCCACUGCAGCAGCACGAGCAGGAGCAGGGGCAGCAGCAACCCCCUUCAUGGCAAACCCAGCACGGGACAGAGCCAACAACCCCUAGAUCGGACGGCACUGCCGCCGCUUCCGGUGACAGCGCAAUGCCCUCGCCUGCGCGGCGGCCGUCCAUUGAGCGCCGCAAGUACGAGGACGGUACGGACGGGUGGGCGUACAAUAAUCCGUACUACAUCGACCGCCUGUUAGAGCUGGGUCCACUGUCGCCGCUGUCGCCGCUCGGGCAAGCACCGCCGCCGGCGUCUGCGGCGUUCCUUGUGGCGAAGGCGGCGGCGGCAACGGCAGGGGCGGCGGCAGGACACGCUACAAGUACGACAGAAGUGCCGGGCGCAAACGGCGGCGAGGAGGGGGCUCCUGGUCCCGCCUUAGUGGCGGAUGAAGCUGCUGGCGGCGUCAGUCGCACCCCUCCGGGUCGCGGUUUCGGAGGCGAGGUCUGGGCUCUACGAGUUGCACGACAGGACCAGCAGAACGCUGCCGGCGCCGAAACCAAUACUGCCGAGACCGUCGCCGCAGCGUAUUCUUCCCCCAGCGGCGGAGGCGCCGUUGGAGAGGGUGACGGCCUCCGCGACAUUCACGUCCUCGAGGAUAACGCUGGUGGCGGCGGCGGCGGCGACGUACUUCAGAAUGACGGCGGCGGCGGCGCCACCGGCGGGGUUUGGGCCAUCCACGUUACUCGUUGCGUUCACGGCGGUAGCGAAGUAGGCACCGGGCGACGGAUCGGAAGUCGCGACAGCGGCGAUAGCGGCGACGACUUGUACUGCAGCCCGAGUGCCGCUUUCGCCGCUUCGAUUGCGACUCCCUUCGCAAGCGCGCGGCCUGUUACGGAUGAUGGCGGCGCCGGAGGUGGCGAUGGUCGUGGUGGCGGCGAGGCCGUCAGCAGAGACGCCGCUGCCGCUCCCAUGGUUGAUCCCACCACCAAGGCUCCGGCUGCUUCCGCUGCCAUCGCGGUCGCCGCCGCCACAUUAGUUGGCGCCGGCGGCAACGGGAUGAGCAGCGCCGGGGCUGGCGGCUCCGCAAGCACCGGCGGCAUCGGUAACAGCGCUGCGGGCAAGGGCAUGGCGGGGCCCGGCACACCAACGCCUCGCAGCGGCAGCGCCGGCAGCGGCGGCGGCGCAGCCGUCACGCCCAAACGCGCCAGCGGUGCCUACAGUCCCGGAGACGUGUCGUACAUGCCGGGGCUGGGGGGAGUUGCGAGCCUGGUGACGCGCGGGGAGGAGUCGCCCGUGUUUUCCAAAAGCUUACGUGAACGAUACGCUGGUGGCGGCGCCGCUGGGGGCCACGCUGGCGCCGCCGUUGCUGGUAGUUACAGCAGCGGCGGCGGCGUGAGCGCAGCUGCGGCGGGUCUUGCAGGUGACGGGGGCUCCUCUGCGGGCUUCUCCAGCCCUUUAUGUCGGGCAGAUCGUCGGGCGGCCGCGGGCCGGGGGGGUUCCCCGUGGGCGGGGCCGGAGGCAGCGGCGGCGGGGGGCCCAGCAAGGGCGGCGGCGGGGGGGUUUGAUGCGGGCUUUUCCGUGAUGACGGAACGUAGUGAUGAAGCGGUAGUGAUGAUGGUGGUUUCGCUGAUUGCUGAAUGUGAGGAGGUGCGAUACAUGAACGACCGGGUGAGGUACCGGAAGCAACUCUUCAGGCUCCUCCAAUCUUGGCGGAUCGAGAUUAAAACAAAGCAGCUCAAGGAGGCAGCGACCGAGAGGCAGCGUAAGGCGCAGGAAUUGCAUGAUGAGGCUGCGCAGAUUCAGGAGCGGCUUAAAGAGCGGCAAAUACAACAGCUGAGGGAAGAGGUUCGUAGGGCAGAGCUCGAACAUAAAAGGGCCCAAAUACAACUCCAGCGAGCGCAACGGCGGCAAGCGGAGCUCCAACGACGUGAGGAUGAGCGGGCGGAACGCUCACCCACGCACCCGACACCUGUAGCAUCGCCAGCAGGCGCCUUUCCGUUGUUUCGCGGGUUCCUAGUCGCGGCCGAGCCGCAGUUACUUCACGACCUCACAAGGCUAUGGGUAUGUGACAAGGCCGUUUUGGGCUUGAUGGUGACGUUCACGUGGCCCUAG